CAGGGGCACAACAUCCUGACAAAUGUGAGCAGGAGUCUGAAUUAGCAUACAGGUCAUGUGACUUCCAGUGUUUUCAUGGAGGUUGUGGAGGCUGGUGUCUGCAGGUCAAAGGUGUGUCUCCUGCAGGGAUCAGGAACAAGGAGCGACUGGUCGGAGAGGACGAGGAGGAGGAAGCAGGAGGAGGAGGAGGAGGAGAGGAAGAGGAGAACAGGAGGAACAUGGACAUCUCUCUGCUCAGAGAACAGUACAGGAGCUCCAGAGAGAGACAGAGGAGACAAACUCAGGUGCUUCUGUUCAGGAAAGUCUCAGAGCAGCUGUCAGACGCCGUCAGCAUCAUCCCCGUCGCUCAGGGUUUCACGUCACUGCCACCGGCCAUAACCUUUGACCCUGACCCGACGACCUGUGAUUCCUGGUACGUCCCCACGGGCCUCCAGCGGCGCUCCUGCCCCGGUGCCACCAUCCAGAUCCCGCCCUCCUCCCCGGAAACAACAAACACCAGCAUCAACAGUUCGUCCAGACGUUCUUCAUCUUCUGGUUCCCAGCACGAGUCCAGGAAACUCUCGGUGGAUUCCACAUCAGACUCACUGAGGAGCUCCAGAGACGUGUCUCCCUGCAGCUCCUUCAGCAGAGAAGAAGAAGAAGACCACCACAGUGCACAGGGUUCCAGAGCAGAUCCAGACUCUGGAUCCUGUGAGAGAUCCAGAGGGGAUUCCUUCAUUGGUUCUAAGGUGGAUCCAGUUCAGGUUUCUGUCACCAGAUCCCUCGAUGCUUUAGAGCAAAAUCCCAGUGAUGGAUCCAGAGUAGAUCCUCCUGAAGAUCCUCAGGAGUGUUCAGCUCCCAGCUCUCUUACCAGCUCUGAUGAAAGCUCCAUCCCCGUCGCCUCCACCACCUGCUCCAGCAGCAGCUCCACCACCAACCUACACAAAGACCUGAGGGAGAACUGGUCUACACGUGUAAAAACCAGUAACAGCGUCCUGCAGACCAGCAGCACCCCAUCAUGGAGGGGCUCAGGGAAGCUCUCUGCCCCUGCCCUGAGGUUUACCAGGCAGCUGAGUGUAGGGGGUGUGGGCUCAUCCUCAGGAGUCCACCAAAAUCAGAACUACUACCCAUUCCCCAACAAGAAGACCCCGAGGAUCUCUGAGGCCGCCAGGAGGCUGGGGAUGUACUCGUCCUUCUGAGACACUCGACAAAUUAUUUCACAUGAUUCGAGUCCAUGUUUAGCUGAGGAACAAAUUAGUGCUGCCAUCCACUGUUCUCUGAAGCUCUAGAGUUGUUCUUGUAGGAAACUUUCAUAACCUGAGUCUUAUUUUCACAUUCCUGUCUUUCCUGUCAGUUUUAAGGAAGUUUGAUCUGGAUUCAAACCGGAACACCUGCUUCCUCACCCAGAUCUGGGACUGAGCUCAAAUCAGCUGCUCAGAAUAAUCAAGACGUCAGUCCAGAAUCAGACUCCUCCUGAUCUCACAGCGUUCAUGAUCAUGCCUGCAAACAGAUUUUCAAAUGAUAUAAAACAGAUAGAUUAAAAAAUACAAUGAGUCUGUGUUGUGCAGUAACACACACUCUUCUUGUUUUACAUUAGCCUUAAAGAAUGUUGUGUUAUUGUAAAUUAAAAUCUGAAUUUGAAUUUACUUUAGGAAAAGACCUACGUAUGUACGACAUACGUAUGUACGUAGAAACAUUUUAUGUAUUUGGAAGUUACACAUUCAAAUGAUCAGAUUUUCCAAAAGAUAAAUAAAUAGGUAAAAAUGAAUAAAGUCUUUUUUUUCUUUGCCCCAAUCAUAGGAGAUGUGACUGUGGCAAAGAAGAUGUUUAAGACUAUUUCUCUCUGUUAUUGUUACAUUUCAUUUCUUUAGCUCAUUGUUUCUUUCAUAAUGUCCUGUUUUGUUUUAUUUAAUCAUUUUUUAUCAUUUCAU